CCCACCCAAUUUCUUACCCGGUCAUCCGGUCACCAUUUAACCCUUAUAUCACCCCCUUGCUCGCGCACUUCCCCUUACUCUUCCCUCUUCAUCCUCAACGCUUCUCUUGCACCAGGCUUCAAUGUCUUGUUGAGCUCUCAAGCCAUCUCCCCUGCGCGCUUUGUUUCCGUGUGUUUUCGUCGUUGGUUUCUGAAAAUGGCGGCGAAGCUGAUGAGUUUUCCAAAGAUGGAUGAUCAGAUGGCCAUACAAAAUGCUGCAUCACAGGGAUUGAAGAGCAUGGAGCACCUGAUCCGCCUCCUUUCUCCCCAGUCAAACCACGUCGACUGCACGGACCUCGCCGAUCACACCGUCUCUAAGUUCAAAAAAGUCAUUUCACUACUCAACAGAACUGGUCACGCAAGGUUCAGACGCGGGCCGAUUCUGUCCUCAUCUUCCUCGUCUUCCCCAUCAUCAUCCUCCGCAUCUCUAACCGUUCCUAAUUCUCAGAAGACUGUAAGUCUAACUCCGGCUCCAAUUACAACACCAGCGACCAUAAGUCCGGCGCGGCUCGCAUCUCCGGUUAUCACUCCUGCUAGUUUCGUUCAAUCGCAACCACAGAGUUUGACGCUCGACUUUUCAAAACCUAAUUUGUUUAGCUCUAAUGCUAAAAUUACUGAGUUGGAGUUUACAAAAGAAAACUUCAGCGUUUCGUCGAACUCUUCGUUUAUGUCUUCUGCCAUCACCGGAGACGGGAGUGUUUCCAAUGGAAAGCAAGGAUCGUCUCUAUUCUUGACGCCGGCACCGGCCAUUUCGGCUGGAAAACCACCGCUCUCAUCGGCUCCACACAAGAAGAGGUGCCACGAACAUGACCACUCUGAAGACGUCUCCGGCUCCGGCAUCGGCAAGUGCCAUUGCUCGAAGCGAAGAAAAAAUCGUAUGAAGAAAGUAAUCAGGGUUCCAGCGAUCAGUUCGAAGAUCGCCGAUAUUCCUCCAGACGACUAUUCUUGGAGAAAGUACGGGCAAAAGCCCAUAAAGGGUUCACCAUACCCACGUGGAUAUUACAAGUGCAGUACCAUCAGAGGGUGUCCUGCAAGGAAACACGUGGAGCGAGCCUUGGAUGAACCGUCCAUGUUGAUUGUAACUUACGAAGGAGAGCACCGCCACUCUCAACCCGCUAUGCAUGAUAACGUGGCAUCUGGCUUAGGACUAGUCUUCGAGUCAACAUGAUAAACAAACGCUAGAUUAGAAAAAAAAAAAAAAGAAAAACAAAAGAAAGGACGUAGACUUUUGUAAUAUAUUUUGGACUCGUUGAGGGGCUGGAUGUAAAUUUGUUUAUUUUUCGAAAUGAAAAAAAAAAGUAUAGACUAGUUAAGAUUUUGCCAA